AUGCAAAAGAGAAUGGAGAAGGAAGGAAGCAACGAACCAAUAGAACGCACUACUCCGCGGGGAAAGGGGUACAUACAUACGGUAGGGGGUAGCUCACGGCAACCAGCCUUGAUUUCCCAGGGGUCCAGCGGGAAUAUUGAGCCACGCCUCGGCGAGCUUAGGCGAUCGAUCCUUCAUCCCGUCACCUCAACCCAAGAACUGAUCUUCGUUUAA